UUUUUUUACUUUCUUCAACUCCCAAAAUGGCUUCCAAACUCCAAAUCCAUGUCCGAAACAUCAAGAAUUCAACUCUCAACUACAACUACCUUCAAACUACUCCCUCUUCAUCAAUUUCAUUCACCAAACAUCUCUCUCAACACCACCUACUAAUCUCUUACACACAUGAAAAAAGCCCUCAGCAUGAAUCAAGAAUCUCUCCGAAAUGCACUCUCUCAUCUCCCAAGCCACCAGCAACCAAAGAAGAAGCCAUUCUCCAAGCCAAAACGUCUCUCUCAUCCACCUUAGAGAGGCCCCUCAACAAUCCAAAACUCGCUGGAAAGAUGAAGAAGAUCAAGCAGCCCAGGCUCCGUGUCGAGAUUCCAGUCGUGGAUGACUCGCCGGCGUCGCUCUCUGAGCUAGCCCUCCAAGUAUUUGCAGAAAUGCCAAUCAGAAGAAAAGGCCCACAAAUCAAGAUUCUUCUUUUAUGGCCUAGCUAUGGCUUAAUGCAGGCUGCCACUGAGGCCUUUGCUUCUCGCUCUUCAAACAUUACCGUACAGAGCAUUGACAUGUCAUCAGUUCUUGAUGAGGAUGUCAGAACGCUGAAUUCUGCUGAUGUGGCGGUGUUCUUUGCCCCCGAGGCGGCUCAGCUGGCGAUCAUGAAGACCGUUAGUGACAGUUUGAGUCCUAGGCCUGUGGUGAUCUUCAAUCCUAGGUGGAGUUUUGAUGAGGAGGCUGAUUUUGGAGAGAUGGGUGGCUUUUUGGGAUCGUUUGAGGUUGUGUAUUCUUUCAUGGGGUUGGAAGUUAGGGGCAUUUUGAGUAAGAGGAAAGGUGUGAUCUUUAAGUGUGUGAGAGAUGGGGUUUUGAGUGGUGAGAGAUGGAAUAUUUUAGUUGAGGAAGAAGGAGGAGAAAUGAGAGUGGUCUCGAGCUUCAAAUCGAGGCCAUCGAUAGUGCAAGUUGAGACCGUGUUGUACAAUCUCAUGGCAAUCAAUUCACCAGUCACCAAAUCUGCCAAGUUCUUGAAAGAUUUGGUAUCAAAUGUGACUGGGAAGAAGUAAUGUUUGCUAUUGUUGUACAAUGAGAUUUUUUAUGCGAAUCUUGAUAGUUUGAUCUUCAUUCUUGUACCGAUACAAUGCAUGAUUUUGUAUUGAAGAUUGUGUUUUCUUGUGUAAUGUGAAAGAUGAUUAUUAUGGAUAUAUAUAAUUUAGGA